UGAAACAUGCUGCGGAKAUGCUGAAAUUUACUUUGAACGAUUUGUAAAAAUGUCAUCUUUUUGCGUCAGAAUCUCACGGAGUCCGUUCCGUGGUGUAUCCAAACUAAUAAAGAGACAUCCUCGGACUUGUAUGCCUCAUAGAGUAUGUUCUACAGACAGCGUUCCGCCGCUAGACCAACCACUAUCAAACCUUCMCGAACCGCCAACAGGAGCAGURGARCACGUUCAAUGGACACGRGAUCACCAUGAAACCCAUGUAACAACCCUAGAAAACGGCAUCAAAGUCGCUUCUGAGGAAUCUUUUGGRCAGUUUUCUACCGUAGGAGUUGUAAUUGAUGCAGGAUCCAGAUAUGAAGURGACUUCCCUGCAGGAAUAACUCAUGUCUUAGAAAAGUUAGCUUUCCAGGUUGAGGAGCAAAAGAUGACUGUACAGUUUGAAUUAGAAAAUCUAGAAUUCAAGUUGGAUCCUGAGCCGCUUCUUACAGACAUGGUCCAUGCAGCUGCAUACAGAAAUAACACACUUGGUCUUCCCAAGCUUUGUCCUCCUGACAGCUUUAACAAGAUCAGUGCUAAAGCAAUUUUGCAAUACCUACAGCGAUACUAUUUACCAUCACGAAUGGUUGUAACUGGAGUAAAUGUCGACCAUCAGCAGCUAGUAGACUUAACACAUAAGCAUUUUGUUAAUACCAAGCCUACAUGGAGUGAUGAUAAUGUURAAGUGCCUCCCCCGGACCAGUCAUUUGCACAAUACACUGGUGGUAUAUAUAAGGAACACCUUGAUGGUCCUCGUAUCAACCCAGGUCCCACUCCGCUGCCAGACCUGGCUCACAUUUCACUUGGUCUUGAAAGUGGACCCUACACCGACAAAGACUUUUUUGCGUUCACGGUUCUUAACACACUCAUGGGUGGUGGUGGGUCAUUCUCAGCUGGAGGUCCUGGUAAGGGAAUGUAUUCAAGGCUGUACUUGGAUGUACUUAAUCGACAUCACUGGAUCUAUUCUGCUACAGCGUUCCAUCAUAGUUAUGCUGAUAGUGGUGUAUUCUGUAUUCAUGCUAGUUCACAUCCUAGUAAGCUCUAUGAUCUUGUCCGAGUUCUUACAAGAGAAUACUUCAAUCUAGUGGAUGGCCCAAUCAAUCAGRUUGAGGUUGCAAGAGCAAAGAAACAGCUUCAGUCCAUGUUGAUGAUGAAUCUAGAGUCAAGAGUUGUGGUUUUUGAAGAUAUUGGAAGGCAAGUUCUUGGCCUUGGUGAAAGACGAUCUGCAAAAGAGCUUUACGAUU